AGGGGAUAGAUUUUGCUAGUUUCACAGGCUACAUGUUCCUGGGGAUCUGUCUGGUCCUCCUCACCUCCUUCCCUUUCCUUCGCCUCCUCUACUGGAACAAGAAGCUGUACAACAAGGAGUCCAGCGAGAUCGUCGAGCUGAGGCAUGAAAUCCGUGUAUGGAGGCAGACGGCCCAGCGUAUUAGUCCGGCCAGCAGAGAGGAGACAGCUGUCAAGUGUCUACUGAUGCAGAAGGUCCUCAACCUGGAGAGCGUGCUCCGCAAGCAACUCAAAACCUUCCAGAGAAUAACAGACCGAGUCCUCCUGGUGAAGUGUAUAUCUGUGCUGGGGGUCGUCAUCUUCAUGUUCUUCCUGAACUCCUUUGUUCCCAGCAUUCAUCUGGAGCUGGGUUGGAUAGCUAUCUUCGGGGCCCUGUGGCUGCUGGUGCUGGCUGACAUCCAGGACUUUGAGAUCAUUCUGCACAGAGUGGAGUGGGCCACACUGCUGUUCUUCGCUGCUCUGUUUGUUCUCAUGAAGGCUUUGGCCCAGCUACAGCUUAUCGACUAUAUUGGUGUGCAGACGGCCCUGCUCAUAAAAGCCGUGCCAGAAGAGCAGCGUUUGGCCAUGGCCAUCAUCCUGGUCAUGUGGGUCUCAGCUCUGGCUUCCUCCCUCAUCGACAACAUCCCCUUCACCGCCACCAUGAUCCCUGUCCUCAUCAACCUGAGUCAAGAUGCAGACGUCAACCUGCCUAUCAAACCCCUUAUCUUUGCACUGGCCAUGGGAGCCUGUCUGGGAGGAAACGGAACGUUGAUUGGUGCGUCGGCCAAUGUGGUGUGUGCAGGCAUCGCUGAACAACAUGGCUACGGCUUCUCCUUCAUGGAAUUCUUCAGGCUAGGCUUCCCCAUGAUGCUAAUGACCUGUACCAUAGGGAUGUGCUACCUGCUGGCCACAAUCAUCGGACUGGGCUGGACCCUCUAACCUGCUCCUCACUGCACUACCAAAGAGAGACUGUUUGAGUGAAUGUGUUUAGAUACAGAGAGUUUCAAAGUGUUGGACGCAGCUCAAAAGCCACAUGGAGAUCAAUCGUUCCUUCACAGGUUCAAAGUUGCAGCUCAUUUGGAAAGUGAUGGACAUCAUCUCGAGUACCUAGUCACAUUGCAGUUAUAAUAUGCAGUAGUUAGCCUACAACAGCAGUACAACAACAGCGAUGUGUUGCAACAUGAGGAAAACAAGCUAAACCAAGUGAAUGGAUUAUAAUCUACACUACAUGGCCUCAGUCUGUAGAUCUCUCCAUGGUGCUCUUCGGUCUACAGCCCUCUCUUAUCUCUCCAUGGUGCUCUUCGGUCUACAGCCCUCUCUUAUCUCUCCAUGGUGCUCUUCCGUCUAUAGCCCUCUCUUAUCUCUCCAUGGUGCUCUUCCGUCUAUAGCCCUCUCUUAUCUCUCCAUGGUGUUCUUCAUUCUACAGCCCUCUCUUAUCUCUCCAUGAUGCUCUUCAUUCUACAGCCCUCUCUUAUCUCUCCAUGGUGCUCUUCAUUCUACAGCCCUCUCUUAUCUCUCCAUGGUGCUCUUCAUUCUACAGCCCUCUCUUAUCUCUCCAUGGUGCUCUUCAUUCUACAGCCCUCUCUUAUCUCUCCAUGGUGCUCUUCCGUCUAUAGCCCUCUCUUAUCUCUCCAUGGUGCUCUUCAGUCUACAGCCCUCUCUUAUCUCUCCAUGGUGCUCUUCCGUCUAUAGCCCUCUCUUAUCUCUCCAUGGUGCUCUUCAUUCUACAGCCCUCUCUUAUCUCUCCAUGGUGCUCUUCAUUCUACAGCCCUCUCUUAUCUCUCCAUGGUGCUCUUCAGUCUACAGCCCUCUCUUAUUUCUCCAUGGUGCUCUUCAGUCUACAGCCCUCUCUUAUCUCUCCAUGGUGCUCUUCAGUCUACAGCCCUCUCUUAUCUCUCCAAUGUGCUCUUCAGUCUAUGGUGCUCUUCAUUCUACAGCCCUCUCUUAUCUCUCCAUGGUGCUCUUCAGUCUACAGUGCUCAUUACACUGAGAGUAAUCAGAGGAGCAAGGCCUGAGUCUGCAUGGCUCCCCAUGGUGCUCUUUAGAUCAGCAGGGCUCUCCAUGGUGCUCUUUAGAUCCACAGGGCUCUCCAUGGUGCUCUUUAGAUCAGCAGGGCUCUCCAUGGUGCUCUUUAGAUCAUCAGGGCUCUCCAUGGUGCUCUUUAGAUCCACAGGGCUCUCCAUGGUGCUCUUUAGAUCCACAGGGCUCUCCAUGGUGCUCUUUAGAUCAGCAGGGCUCUCCAUGGUGCUCUUUAGAUCCACAGGGCUCUCCAUGGUGCUCUUUAGAUCCACAGGGCUCUCCAUGGUGCUCUUUAGAUCCACAGGGCUCUCCAUGGUGCUCUUUAGAUCCACAGGGCUCUCCAUGGUGCUCUUUAGAUCAGCAGGGCUCUCCAUGGUGCUCUUUAGAUCCACAGGGCUCUCCAUGGUGCUCUUUAGAUCCACAGGGCUCUCCAUGGUGCUCUUUAGAUCCACAGGGCUCUCCAUGGUGCUCUUUAGAUCCACAGGGCUCUCCAUGGUGCUCUUUAGAUCCACAGGGCUCUCCAUGGUGCUCUUUAGAUCCACAGGGCUCUCCAUGGUGCUCUUUAGAUCCACAGGGCUCUCCAUGGUGCUCUUUAGAUCCACAGGGCUCUCCAUGGUGCUCUUUAGAUCCACAGGGCUCUCCAUGGUGCUCUUUAGAUCCACAGGGCUCUCCAUGGUGCUCUUUAGAUCCACAGGGCUCUCCAUGGUGCUCUUUAGAUCCACAGGGCUCUCCAUGGUGCUCUUUAGAUCCACAGGGCUCUCCAUGGUGCUCUUUAGAUCCACAGGGCUCUCCAUGGUGCUCUUUAGAUCCACAGGGCUCUCCAUGGUGCUCUUUAGAUCCACAGGGCUCUCCAUGGUGCUCUUUAGAUCCACAGGGCUCUCCAUGGUGCUCUUUAGAUCCACAGGGCUCUCCAUGGUGCUCUUUAGAUCCACAGGGCUCUCCAUGGUGCUCUUUAGAUCCACAGGGCUCUCCAUGGUGCUCUUUAGAUCCACAGGGCUCUCCAUGGUGCUUCUGCUUAUAUGGGUAUAUUAUUAAAAUAUUUAGAUUUUUCAUGUAAUUUCUUUGGUACUCAAAAAUCUGAAUCCUAGCUCAGCAAGAUUAUAUGGAUUCAUCAUCAUGCCCCUGAUACCCAAUAAAAGGGAUGUUUCUGUGGCCUAUUAAAA